AUCAUUUUAAUGUAAUUUAAUCCAACUCCGGAGCUGAGGCGACGUGUGCACACCGGGGAGGCUACACAGACACACGGCAAGCCUGCAAACUUCAGAGCGGAUCUAUAAACUGUAAUAAUACUUAUUCUGCUGAGCGGAGGUCUGGUUUGAUCUACAGUUUGAGCAAAUAUACAACAAGUAUGUCUUAAUUAAUGAGGAGCCUCUUUGGUACAGUGUAUAGCAACAGAUGAAAACAUGCAUGGGACAAAUAACAGAGACUGAGGCAGAACACCUGCGCACUGUAAGCUUCUCUGUGGAUCAUCCUUCUAACCAUCCGUGAACUGGAGAUACAAAUACUUGCUCCAUCCCGUCACACAUCCUGAAGCCAACAUGCCUAUAAUCAGUAAUGCCAACCACGACUUUAGCACUUUCUCCAUUAGCAGCGAUGACAGCAGCCUCGACCGCUUUUUUACUGAGAUCCCAGAGACUGAAACUAUCAAGGGUGUUUACUUCCAGCGAGCCCAGCUGCUUCGUGACCCCAAAGCUUCGUAUGUGGUCGACCACACCCUGCAGGUUCUUAUCAAUGUGGGAGGAAAUCGCUACACAUUUCCCUGGAGCACCUUGGAGCAGUUCCCACAAAGUCGUCUUGGACGUCUGCGGUCAUGUACCACCCCGGAGGACAUUGCACGACUCUGCGACGACUAUGACGAGACGUGCCAGGAGUACUUCUUUGACCGAAACCCAACAGCCUUCAGGGUCAUCCUCAACUUCCUUGCUGCAGGGAAACUCCGUUUGCUUCGAGAACUGUGUGCAGUGUCCCUCCACGAUGAGCUUGACUACUGGGGUGUGGACCCAGGCCAUAUGGAGCGUUGUUGCCGUCGCCGCAUGAUUACCCGUGUGGAGGAGGUGGUCGAGCGAGAGCGCAAGGAAGAGGAGUGGAGGCAGAAGAGGGUGAUGCUGAAGAAAAGCGCUACAGAGGUACAAAAGGGCCAUCACAAACUGACCUGGAUACUGCGAGAAGUGGUGGAAAACCCUCAGUCUGGGUUGGCUGGGAAGAUAUUCGCCUGCCUCUCUGUCGUCAUGGUGCUGGUCACUGUCAUCAGCCUGUGCAUCAGCACCAUGCCAGACCUCAGAGAUGAAGAGUCCAGGGGCGAGUGCUCCCAGAAGUGUCAGAGCAUGUUUGUGGUGGAGUCCAUCUGUGUGGCGUGGUUCACUUUGGAGUUUGUGAUUCGAUUCUCCAAUGCUCAGAGCAAGCUAAACUUCAUUCGUGGACCCCUAAACAUCAUCGAUGCCAUUGCCAUCCUGCCCUACUAUGUCUCCCUGGUUGUUGAUGUCAGAGAUGUGUCCGAGGAGGAUGUCAUCAUGCGUGCAGGUAGCAGAGGUUACCUGGACAAACUGAGUCUGAUCCUGCGCCUGCUGCGGGCGCUGAGGAUCCUGUACGUGAUGCGGCUGGCUCGCCACUCUUUGGGCCUGCAGACAUUAGGGCUAACCAUGCAGCGCAGCAUUAGGGAAUUCAGCCUGCUGCUGCUGUUUGUCUGCGUGGCCGUGACCCUGUUCUCACCUCUGGUUCAUCUAGCAGAGAGUGAGCUGGCGCCAUUUGCCGCCACGUACCCUCAACACAGCUUCAGCAGCAUACCGGCCUCCUACUGGUGGGCCAUCAUCUCUAUGACCACGGUGGGGUACGGCGACAUGGUGCCACGCAGCAUCCCUGGACAGAUAGUCGCACUCACAAGCAUCCUGAGCGGCAUCCUUAUCAUGGCGUUCCCUGCCACCUCCAUCUUCCACACCUUCUCCCGCUCAUAUCAGGAGCUGAAGCAGGAGUACGAGCGACUGUGGAAAGAGGAGAGAGGCGAGGAAAUAGCUGCUGAGACAGAGGAGAGUUUGUCCAAAAUGGAGUUGGCACCAGAUGAGUUUACGUCUGUGUUGAAGGAGGGAAAUGACGGAGGGAUGUUAAGUAGGAGUCACCAAUCCACACUUCCAGCAACAGCUUUUUAGUUUGACCAGGAAGAGAGCAAUCAGACUCUUUCAUUCGGUAAUUAUGUGUUAAAAAUGGUGACACUUGACAACCUACUCUAUAAGAACAUUUAGACUCUAAAGGACUGUUAUAUUGUGGGCAGUGUAUUACACUUCUUGUCUGUUCCUAUUCAUGAUUCAUGCUUUAAUACUUGGCACUUCAAACAAACUAUCUAGUACUUAUCAGAUUAUUAAGCAUUCUUUUAUAGCAGCAAAUACCAUACAUAAACACUUUACCCUAGCUUUCUGUGUAUGCAAAUAUAGACUUUUAUCUUACGUCAACUAUCGUGCAAAUUAUUUAAAUAUAUAUUUAUAUAUAUAUAUAUAUAUAUAUGCACUCGUGCACUCAUGCUGUUUAACCAUACGUUGACACAAGGCUUUUUCACUUAGCUUUAGCGGUCAGUCAUUAGAAAAUGUUAUACUAUCCCUUUAAAAAAUCAUUGGAGCUUUGUACUGUUACAAUCGUAUUCAGGACGCUUGUUAGCUUAGCCUGCUAACCUUAGCACUAAUUCCUACUUGAUGUUAGUUUUCAUUCACGUUAUUUAAAAAAAGAAAAUGAGAGGUUCUAGCUAGCAAUACUCAUCUGGGUCCAGUUGUGGUGGCGGAAAAUUAACAGAAUGAUAAAACUAACAACAAGAACUCCUUUAAUUGUACCAGGGUGGCAUAGAAACGAAUGGCUACUUCAUUCAGAUAUUAUUGCAGAUUACUGCUGCUAACCUUAGUGUUAAUACAAUCGUGAAACAAACUGUGGUUAGCUGGCUAAAACCUUUAUAGUUUCUUUCAUCGCCUGUAAUAAGGAAACAAGCACGUUCAACUGUAAAUGCUGACAUGAAAGGGAAUCUAUUGCUUUGCUUAAUUUGUUUAUUAGGUAACAAUUAAGCUGGCGAAGACAACAUGUUAAAUUGUCUUCUGCUGCACAUUCCUUCAUAAUAUAGCCUAAGGUUAAUUAAUUGUGCAUAUUUUCUGAGAUUUUUUAAUUCAACAGUCACUUUUUUCAAAUUCAAUAGAAGCAGAGAUGAGAGACAACUAAAUACACUUUAUCCAGCUAAUAACCUCAUUGCUUGCAUGUUUUGUUUUGUUUUGUUUUUUUAUUUUUAUGAUCACACUUUUUACCAACUCUAAUUCAGGUGUUGGAAGGUCCUUAAAGGCACUAUCAAGCUGUAUUAUUAAGGGACAAUGAUUUCAAUACAAACAACUAAUCGUGACCAAAAUCUUCACUGUGAUAGAUAACACAGCACAAGUGUCAUGUCUUAGUCAGUAGAUUUUUCAGAGGAUAUCAAUUUGCUGCCUGAAAGUAGUAUUAAAAUAUUCUUAAAUGCUGUGGAAUAUGAUGGGAAGCAAUGUUUAAGACUUGUAUGUAUUGGACGUUUAAUGUAGAGAUUCUUGUCUCUUGCCUCGCUGUUUGUCUAACUUCCAGACACUUUUAAAAUCACAAUAAACUCUUAUGCUUUUGUUUUAA